AUGAUGGAUCACUCGAACGCUCAUCGAUUUUCGGUGGCUCCAAUGAUGGCGGUGACAGACCGAUACUUUCGCUACCUAUUUCGCCAGCUUAGUCGACGUUCCAAGCUCUACACCGAGAUGUACGUGGACAAGACGCUUCUUCACCAGCAGGAUAACCUUCAUAAUUUUCUCUCCCACCGGGCUGCGGAGGGGCCGCUGGCUGUCCAGCUCGGCGGGAACGACCCCGACACGCUUGCGGAGGCGGCCGAGAUGUGCGAGCAGUGGGCAUUCUCCGAGAUCAAUCUCAAUUGCGGCUGCCCGAGCUCCAAGGUCUCCGACCGCUGCUUCGGCGCGCGCUUGAUGCUGGACCCAGAGCGAGUGAGAGAGAUCACAUACGGCAUGAUUCGUAAGGUCACACGAACGCCUGUCACGGUCAAAUGCCGAAUAGGCGUGGACGACAAGGACUCGUACGACGAGCUGACGACGUUCGUGCGAGCAGUGAAAGCGGCGGGCAUCGACCACGUCGUCGUGCACGCGCGAAAGUGCCUGCUGAAGGGACUGUCGACCUCGGCCAACCGCACCAUCCCGCCCCUUCGGUACGACGUCGUGCACCGGCUGGCGCAAGAGUUUCCCGAGUUGGAGAUCGUUCUGAACGGCGGCAUUGACUCCCUCGGAGCCGUUAACGAACACAUCACCGGCACGGGGGAGUGGGGGGAAUACGGAGGCGGCGUCGCCGGGGUCAUGGUGGGGCGCGCGGCGUACUUCGACCCCUGGACGUUUCGGCAUACGGACAGCGCCGUUUUUGGGUCGUCAGACCCAGGUUUCACGAGGCGGGAGAUAAUGGAACGCUGCGUGGACAGGUUCACGGAGAUGAUGCAGGAAGGCCGGCGGGAGGGGCCGGAGUGCAACCGAACCCGGCAUCUCUGCCUCGGCACCGUCACGAAACCUCUAGGCUACCUCUCUUCCGGCGCGAGGGGCAGCAGGACGUUUCGGCAGGAGUUGAGCCGCGCCGUGCAGGCUCAGUCGAAGAUCGACCCUGACACGGACGACUUCCGAGAUGCUGUGGAUCGGGCCAUGGCACUCCUCCCGGAAGGGGUGCUUGACGAGCCCGUGGGGGACACGCCAGAGUGCGCCUUUGGCUCGCAAGUUCGCGAUGAUUAGUUAGUUAUUUGAUGAGGAAAGUGGACUUGGUUGAGGGUGUGCCAGCACCCUGUAAAACCGGUGAUGAUGGUGUUUUGGUGGUUAGGACGUUUCCGAUCUAUGUGUGCAUACUUUACUCUCUUCCCAGGUGCUUCGCCUUCAUUCUGAUCCAAUGUUUGCGUGCAUAC